UGAAAAUCUAGGAAUUAUUAUAAAAGAUUUUGUGUGUGAACCAUGGAGCAACGCAACCCUCACAAUGCAAUUGCACAUCAAAAGUGGGAGCCUGCAAACCUAGGCAGAGUGGAUGUGUCAUUGUCUCUACAGGAGCAGUCAGCUCUAAGCAGAUACUCGUCCCUGCCAUGGGAACUUCGUAACCACAUACAUACCUUCUACGUGCAAGGAUUCUGUGACAAUGAAGUUAUUGUCCGCCGCGGAACCGAAAGAGGACUGAAUCUGCUAGUACGACAGACCGCAGGCCCGCACUCGUACCAUUGGGUCAAAGACCCGAUCUUACAGCAAUCGGGGCCAAAUCGGAUCGGGGUGGCGGCUGCCAGAGAAUUGCUAGAAGCGUACUAUAGGAAUCGUGCCUUCAAGUUUAUUCAUGAUGAGCUGAGCACUCUACGACCAUUCCUUGAGGCGGACACCUUCGGUCUCGCCAUGCGUCCAGCCGACUACGUCCGAAGGCUGCAGCUUCAGAUUCAACCCUUCAAAUAUGCUCAGUUACGGGAGCUGAACGCAAUGGAUCAAGAAGAACAUAUCUGUCGUGGAGCUUUAGAGUCUUUAAUUAUCCUCCACUCUCCGCAUACGGCAAUCGAGAUCCGUGCGGACUUGGCGCAGGGGUUUUGCGACGACGAAGAAUACGAUGAGCUGCUGGACGAUGCUGCCGGUUUCAUUUUUCGAACUGUCGAUCUCGUUGAUUCGUUGAAGAAGAAGGGACUGAAGGUUGAGGUAACAUUUGAUGGAAGGUGGGACGGUAGAGACGGAGCAAGAAUUGGCACCCUAUCAUCUCUCAAUGACUGUGUAUUCGCAAUGAAAGUAGCCUGUCAGUGAAGGUUGACUCUAACGUACCGAAUUGGGUAUCAUGGUCAAACGCUGUCACGGCCCAGAUAAUUUGCACAAUAGUUCCAGAUCACCGCAACACCAAUUGUCUGGGAAUAAGGUCCUGUCGUUCAAACAGUCCGGGAUACCUCAUUGUCGGCCAUGCCCGGGCAACCGAGCAUUCAUACGCGCGUGCAAAAGGCUUCCCAGACGAAGAAGGCACGGAGACUGCAGUAGACAUAUUUAUCCCAAAUGACAGU